AGUAUGAAAAUCAGAGCAAAACUAAAUUGAUUACUAACUCCCCCCAAAUGAAUUACCAACUACCAACAACCAAUUAGGAUUCUUAUUUUCAAUCUACACUGAAUUUGGAAGGGAAAAUUUUUUAGAGAACCCAAGUUAUAAGUUGAUCUCACUUUGUUUAUGGAGAGUAGGUGAGAAAAAAAUGCAGAUGAUAGGGAACGUUUCUACCAUCCUUUAAUCAAUAUUUCUACCUCUCGAAUGUUAAAUCAAAUGGUUGUUAUAAUCAACGUUCAAACAGUCAGGUAGGUAGCCCUGAUGAUUAAUUUCUUGAAAUUAUCGAUCAAUUGCUUCAACUUUCAUUUUUUAAUCAUCAUUAUUUCUUUGAUGAUUGAUAUGAUAUCGUUGGGGAAUUUGGCUUCCGGCAGCACUACAUAGUGCAGUCAUCCAAUUUUAUUUUCAUAGUGUUGAGGUUGCUGCUUUCUUUUUUCAUAGAAGAGUGUAAAGAUAGAGUUUAAACUAUAACAACCUCUUAUUGAUAAACCUCAGUUGUUUCAUGUAAUUGCAGGUUCAUCUGGCAGAGUAAAUAUGGUCAUAAAAAUUGCCAUAGGUGUAUUGGUAGGCAUUACCGGGCUCUUGGUAAUCUCUAUUGUGGUGAUAUGCAGAACUGGAACAAAAAUAUUCAUUUGGAAGAAAGAUAAAAAGAUUGAUCAGAAUAUUGAAGCAUUUAUAAGGAAUCAUGAAUCCCUUGCCCCAAAGCGAUUUAAUUUCUUAGAGGUCAAGAAAAUGACAAACUCUUUCACAGAUAUAGUGGGAAGAGGGGGAUUUGGAACUGUCUACAAAGGAAAGCUAGCUGAUGGGUGUAUUGUUGCAGUGAAGGUCUUAAGUGAUUCCAAGGGUAAUGGUGAAGAUUUCAUUAAUGUAGUAGCUAGUGUGAGUAGAACUUCUCGUGUUAAUAUAGUGACUCUUGUGGGAUUUUGUUACGAGAGGACUAAAAGAGUCCUUAUCUACGAGUUUGUGCCAAAUGGUUCCCUAGAUAAGUUCAUAUAUGACAAAGAAACUUUAAGGACAAACUGCAACCUGGAGAUGCCUACACUGUAUAGAAUUGCAAUUGGUAUUGCUCGAGGAUUGGAGUACCUACAUCGUGGUUGUAACACAAGGAUUGUGCACUUUGACAUAAAGCCCCACAAUAUCCUUCUGGAUGAAGAUUUUUGCCCGAAGAUUUCUGAUUUUGGCCUAUCUAAGCUCUGCUUAAAGAAAGAGAGCCUCAUCUCCAUGACAGGUGCACGAGGAAAUGCUGGAUAUAUUGCUCCCGAAGUAUUCUGCAGAAGCAUUGGAGGUGUCUCUCAUAAAUCCGAUGUCUAUAGUUAUGGAAUGAUGAUCCUUGAGAUGGUUGGAGGAAGAAAAAAUAUCGAUGCAAUGGUAUCACACACAAGUGAAAUUUACUUCCCACAUUGGAUUUAUAGCCAAAUUGAGCUAGGUAAGGAUUUAAGAUUUCAUGGAGAUAUAAAUGCUGAGGAGGAGAAAAUAGCCAAGAAGAUGAUAAUAGUGGGAUUAUGGUGCAUUCAGACCAAUCCUUUUGAUCGACCAUCCAUGACCAAAGUGGUAGAGAUGUUAGGAGGGACACUUGAAUCCUUGCACAUCCCACCAAAGCCUUUUCCCUCUUCCCCAAAGGAAUCACCCAAACAUUUGUCCACUACAUCCUCAUCAUCAUGAAAGAAGUUAUAAUUUAAUGAAAGUGAGAUAAAAUAAGUAAUGUAGAACAA